CAGAAUCACCUGGUUUGAGAAGUAGAGCUGCGAAGUUUACUUGUCCUUUUCUCAGGGAUUUAACCACCCAAUAUUCCAAUCGGAGACCCCAAUCGUAUUUUGCCAAGGUCCCUGGUCUCCUCUCAGCCACUCAAGACUCGAGAUUGAAGGAGGAUAAUCGCCACUCCACAGUUGAAUAGCUAGGGACCAUAGUAUUGCAGGAUUAAUUCGGCAUUAUGCCGCGCUCCUCCAUUUACCCUUGUCGAUCAAAUGCGGGGAGACAGCUACAGUAGUGGCAGCUGGUAACACGUUAAUAUGGGAUUGGAUUCCCAGUCUACCGACGGCCCUUCGAUCAAUCAGUGACUGAUCAUUACUGAUUCUUCUUCGUGGGAUCUUCUUUUGUUCUUUUCAUUUUUUUCUCACGACUCACAUCGUGGGUUUGAGACGAGUUCUUCACAAUGUCGCAAAUAUUUUCUUUCUCUCUCCUCUUCUUAUUCCUCCUCACGGCCCAAAUAUCAGCCUUUACCCUCCUCGAACUCCUCAAAACAACCCCCGAACUCAGUACCCUUUACAAUCGCGUAAAUGCUUCCUCAUACCUGACCGGGUUCUUCGCCAACUCCACAGAUUUCACCCUCUUAGCGCCGAGUAACGAUGCGUUUUCGAAGACGGCAAUUAUGAGCGAUGAGGAGUUCACCGCGGUGAUGCAGUAUUCCAUGUUGAAGGGCGGGUACCCGAAAGCGGCUUUGGAUACGGAAAGAGUGUUUGUGAAUAGUAAUUUGAAUAAUACGGCUUUUGCGAACGUAACCGCGGGGCAAGUGGUGGGACUGGGACUUGAUGCGAAGAAAGAGGCAGUGGAGGUAUUAAGUGGAAAUCGAACGAUUAGCUCAAGUUCGAAGAAUGUAAGAUUCUCUGGACAUCCUCGAGUGUACUUCUAGGAAUUGAGGGCUUGGAAAUGGGAAUCCGAGAGUUUGUACUGACCAGCUCAUUUAGAUUGUUUGCGUCGGCGGGCUACUCCAUAUUAUAGAUGAAGUUAUCUCAAUACCCAUUAGCUCCGUUCUUGAGAUCACGGCCGCGGGACUAGAAUACUUCAUUGCUAUUUUAGCGAAGGGAAACUUUCUCACCACUGGUAGCAGUUAUGUCAACCCUGUCGUCUACGAGCCGAAUAUCACCUUCUUCAUUCCAAACUCGGUAUGUUUUCUCUCUCAUCAUGUCAAAAAGCCAUUAUAUUCCUUUGUCAAAGCGAAUACCAGCUAUCCUUGUAUUGUUUACUCCAAGUUUUGGGUGAAAAAGUCAAUAAGAGAAUGUAGACUAACCAAUAAUUUCCAGCCCGAAGCCCUUGCCAGUUUCAACGAAUUAGCUAAAACAGCCACUCCUUCGGAUUUUCAAACCAAUUUCUUAUACCACGUCAUCCCAAACUUCGUGGGAUAUAGCCCAAUGCUCACUGAUGGCUUGUCAUUAAAAUCGCAGAUGGGAACCAAUCUCACUAUUCAUGUUCAGGAUGGGCAGACGUAUGUCAAUUCUGCGAAGAUCCUUCAAACGGAUUACGUUAUUUCGAACGGAGUAAUUCAUGUAAUUGAUAGGUGAGAGAGAAACACCAGUAUCAAAAGUACAUUGAAGGUUUUAAUGAAACUAAUAUCAUUGAAAAUAGUGUUCUUAAUGUAACAAACAUCACCGGACCACCUCCUUCGACUGCUGGAAAUAAAAUCACACCAACAGAUCUCUCUACCGCCUCAUCUGCAACCCCCACUCCAGGAUCAGCGUCUCCACCAGCAGGUUCAUCUUCCUCCUCCAAGUUACCACUUAGUAUCGGCGCGAUAGUAGGAAUAGCCGUCGGUGGAUUCGCAUUGCUUCUUCUCCUCUCGACCUUGGUAUUCUGCUGUAUUCGCUCCCAAAAGGAGAAUAAGAGAAAGAGACUUUCCAUAGCCAAUACCCCGAUGCAAGGCCUCACGUACGAAGGGCCAACUGGCGAAGCACUUUACGCAAACCGAUACCACAUGACUCGGGAAGUGGGAAGUGGUCGGUAUAAAGUAGAACGAGAUAGCGGAAUGAGUCACACGGAUGGGAGUCCAUUGAGUGCGCAGGAUGAGAGUGUGAGUCCUUUAAGUAGGACCGGGAGUGGGAGCAUGGCGGGUUUGACGGGAGGUUAUAACCGCAAUGGGGGUUGGGAUAGGAAUGGGGAACACGGAAUGGGACUGGGUGUUAGGCCGUUGAGGGUGGAUACUAAGGGUGCGAAUAUUAUAAGCAAUGAGAGAGGAAUGCCGCCUAGCGCGCAUUCAAAUGAGAGGCCGGUCAUUCCUCAGAGGAGUCCGAGUCGAGGCGUGAUCAAUAAGGGGGGUGGGAUGUUUUAAGGGAGGGACUCAUGUAUAUAUGACUUUAUGAAAUUUUGCUUCGGUUCUUAAGUGAGAAGCUGUCUAUUCUACGAGUGGAUGUGUAAUUUUAUGAGAAUCAGCCUAGUCCUCGGCUGCACGGAAGUUCUUUUCUACGGCAUCAAAUACUUAGAAUGAGCUUAACACAGAAACUGUAAACUUACAUCUUUUGUUAUAUGAUUUAAGAUAUCUUCAACUAUAAUUUUGAGAACCACUUCAUCAAGGCAUGAGCGUCGUUCAUUUACAAUAAAAUGAAAUCGGAUUUAUACGUGAAACUCUUGCUUUGCCUGGGAUUAAAAGAAGUAGUCAUCCGAGACUUUGAAAACAUAUUCCUUCCCUUUUGAGUGGUUUAAGGAAAGCGAUAAGAAUGUCCCUGGUUGUAUCCGCUUUAUAAAGUUUGCACGUAAGACAAAGUACCUGUAUACGGCUGGAUUAAGUUUCUAGGGGUGGGGUAUACUAUCGUGACAAGAUGCAGGAUGGUGGGGAAUUGUGGUUGCUGCUGACAUGAAUAGCCUAUGAGCGCGGAUGUGCUGACCUAUCUUGUAUAAUAUUGCCCCAUUCGCGAAGGACUUGCAGAAUCAUUCACCUCUUCACAUGAAGCAUUCGGAGACUAUCCGGGAUACACCUCUUUUCAGAAUUCUAGAAGGAAUCGGAAUUAUGGAGAAAAGCUCAGGUCACCUGGUCCAAGAACGUUCCUAAAACAGAUUGAGAGUAGGUCCGUACUAUACGCAUGAUGUACAAAGCAUUUUCUUCAUUUCAUCUCAAAGAUUCUAGUCGAGAUGAAGGGACAGAAGGGAGAGGGAGGGAUGUGCUUACAGUGAAUUUCACGAAUAACCGAUCAGGUAUAAGCAUAGAGCAUACCAAGAUAAGCACGGCGCAAAAUGCGGUAAACAUCCUUAUUUAUCCAUGAUAUCAAAGUCUUUGGGUCAGCUUUCCUUCCACUACUGCUAGAACUAGAUAUGUCUAACCUACGAAUUGAUACGAAAGAAUCAGAUACUCAGUGAAGAUAAGACUGAUAGAUGAGAGGUAAAAUCAGACACACUCAGCUGAUUCGCAGAAGCUCAUUGGUCAGAAGGAAGUUGCAUGUAUGUUUUGGAAUCUUGGCGUAACCUUUGGGCUGAAGUUUCCAUGUCAUGAGGAGGAAAUCGAUAUUAAGAAGGCUAUAUUACUAAGACGUAUCCUAAUAUAGGCGAGCGCCCCAAUGGUCAAAAGGGGUUGGAGUAUAUAAAUAUUUCUCUGCCUCGAUUUACAUACAAUAAACAAACCUGAAUUCAGUCCACCAACUCGAACCAUAUCUUCAUCACAGAACCUUCAAAUUUGAUAGCCUAAAACUUCAACCAAGACUCUUCAAAAUAAUGGCCGCCAUAUUCGGUAGUAUCGCCGGCGCACUGAUCCCCGGUCUCUUCGGUGGCGGUGAUGAGCCAUCUGCUGCGACCGAACAAGAAGCUGCGGCAGCAAUCCAAGCAAACGUGAUCGCACAAGGCGAACUCGACGAAGAGAAGAAACAGAAUGCUGUCGAAAACGCGCAAGCGAAAGCGGAGCUUGAUGAGACAGCUGCGGACAACAAGGCUGAUAAUGAGAGAGAGGAUAAGGAUCAAGCCAAUGAGGAGGAUCAGAGGAAGAUUGAGAAUGCGAGAACUGAUGAGGAGAUUAAGAGGGACAAUGCGAGGGAAGAUAUGUAAGUUUCUGUUUUUUUGAUAACUUCCAGGGGCAAGAUAGGCGGGGGAAGGUGGGUUCAAGAGUGUGUGCUAAUUGAAUGAAAAUAGUGAUAAUCAGAGAGCGGAUGAUAAGUUCAAUAGGGGAGAAGCGAAUAACUUCAAUAUUCGAAAGAAUUUCUUGGAGAAUAGUGUUGCUGCUAUCAAGGAGAUGACUAUGAAUCAAUUCAAUAUUCUCAUUGUAACUAACCAGAAGGAUGAUGCGUGGAAGAGUCCCGUAUUGAAGUAAGCGAAAACCCCUUUGCCAUAGAAAUUUCUAACGUUUUCUUGUAGCCGUCUUCUACCUAUGAAGCUCGUGGAGGUUGAACUUAUGGAUGGUGAAGUGAUCAAUUACGAGGUUUACGUCUUCGACUCUGGAGAGUAUAUAAGAACUGGUGAUAAUAUCGAGGACGACAAUAUGAGGAAUGACUCAAUUAUUUGGUAUCCGGAUGAUGCUAAGAAGGACGUAGGUUGAUCCAAAAUUUGCUGCUAAGCGUCUUUGGUGGUGGUGCUGACAGGUACUAUUAGUACCAUGAUGCCGCCGAUGGUAAUCCCGCUGGCCGUUAUUUCCAGUUUAUCCCUCAACCUAAACAAUCUGCUGAAGGCAUGAAACUUUUGAAGGAAUUAAAGAAGAAAAAUAAGGGAAGAGUUGAUGGCGUAGACCGAAAUAUCACGAAAAAUAUUGACGAGGACGGUGCGGAGAAGAGUGGGGAUGAUGAAGAAGAGGUAUUAAAGAGACCACUUUUCUGGUUAUUUUGUUUGUAUUGAGCUGAUCUAUGGAAUUCUAGGAGGAUGAGAAUGAGGACGAAGACGACGAUGAAGAGGACGGAGGAAAUGGCGAUGGGGAGGGACCCGAAGAGGAUGAGGUAUGUCUGCCUUUUUUUGCUUCGUUGACACUGCCGCAUCAACCUAGUAUCUUGAGUUGGGCAGAGCGUGACGUGCCUAUUCCGGUCUCAUGGCACUACUCAUUGACAGGAGAAUUGCCGUUGGCUGAUUCUCUGGCCUUUAGGAAGCAGAAGAUGACGAGGAAGGUGCUGGAGAUGGCGAAGAGCCAGAAGAACAAGAACAAGAAUUAGAAGAAGGUGAAGAUGAAGAAGAAGAAGAAGAGGUAUUUUUUCAUUAAACUCAGUAUCAAGAGUGUUAUGGCCUUGCGGAAUGGCGACAUUUGUAUAUCGCAUUGUGCUAACUCGCUUAUUCAGGAGGCCGAAGACGACGAGGAAAUUGAGGCCGAUGAGAACGAAGAGGAAGAGGAAGAAGAAGAAGAGCCAACUGACGAUGGAGAGAAGCCAGAAGAGGAGGAGGAGACACCGGAAGAGGAAGAAGAGGCACCAGAGGAGGAUGAGGAGGCACCGGACGAAGACGGGGAAGAACCAGAAGUAGAGGAAGAGGAAGAAAAGCCCAAAAGAUCGGCCAAGGGCAAGAAAGUGAAAGGGGGUGAGGACGAAUAAAGCAAUUCCUGGGACUCCUAUAUCUCUACACAUAAUCAUCCCUAGACCUUCAACAACAUUUCGUUUAAUUAGAAACAAG